GACUAGAGAGGAGGGACCACAGACACUAUGCACAGCAUCCUCAACAACCAUCAGCACUGAACACUGGAUUUUACCGACACUUUACAUGGACCGGGACAUCAUACUGGCAGUGGCUAUCUAAGGAUAGCCCACCCGGAGAGGACAAUGAAAAAACCUGCACUCAUAUAUUAUUGAAAGACAGAAGUGCCUUCACAGAUAUCAUGACUCCUGGAGACCUUCUGAAAAAGUAUCAUAAUAAUUAAUGUCGCCUCUCUUGAAAGCUAUGGACUGAGAAGUUGCCUCGGAGUGAGACAUAUUUCACAUUUCCAUGAUGGUCCUGUUUCUAGUUUCAGCAGCUCUCAUUUCAAACAGUUCCUCUCAUGGAAACCUGACCACAGAGUCUCCUGCGCCUCAAGGCUCACAUGUCUUAGCCUCAGGCCUCGUCACCUCUCUCCUGCUUGUCAUCUUUCUUCUCCUCAUCGCCUACAUUCUGAGGUUUAGAGAGCAAAGGAAGGAUCUUGUCGCCUCGGUUGACAAAAAGUUGCCAAAUGGCUUUUUGGAAGAUCAAGAACAAACGGUGGUGCUCCUCCCCAGAUCACCCUCUCCAUCAAAGCGUUAUUUCCCCAUCCCUCUGGACGCCCUGGAGGAAGAGUUUCGCCUACGCAUGGCAGAUGAUGGCAAACUGUUCAGAGAGGAAUUUAAUUCUUUGCCUUGCGGUUUUGGCUGUGGUACCUUUGAAGAGGCGAGCAGAGAGGAGAACAGAGAAAAGAACAGAUAUCCCAAUAUUCUGCCCUAUGACCACUCAAGAGUGCUGCUUUCACACAUAGAUGGCUAUAUGGCCUCUGAUUACAUAAAUGCCUCUUAUAUAAAUGGCUACAGAGAAAAAAACAAAUUUAUUGCGGCUCAAGGCCCAAAACCAGAGACAGUGGGAGAUUUCUGGAGGAUGGUUUGGGAGCAUAAAUCUGCCACUAUAGUCAUGUUGACCAACACAAGAGAGAGAAAAGAGGAAAAGUGCUAUCAGUACUGGCCUGAGCAGGGCUGCUGGAUCUAUGGCUGUGUGAGGGUGGCAAUGGAAGAUGUCACAGUGUUGGUGGACUACACAAUCAGGAAGUUCUGUGUGCAGCAUCAUGCUGCUGAUGGCUGCAGACCUCCAAGGUUGGUCACUCAGCUGCAUUUCACCAGCUGGCCUGAUUUUGGUGUACCCCUUUCCCCUAUUGGCAUGCUUAAGUUCCUCAAGAAAGUCAAGACUGUCAACCCUGCCCAUGCUGGACCAAUUAUAGUGCACUGUAGUGCUGGGGUUGGCAGGACUGGGACGUUCAUUGUGAUUGACGCGAUGAUGGAUAUGAUGCACGCUGAAGCGAGGGUGGACGUGUUCGGCUUUGUGUCCAGGAUAAGAAAGCAGCGCUGUCAGCUCAUUCAAACGGAAAUGCAGUAUUCGUUCAUUUACCAGGCACUUUUAGAGCAUUACCUGUAUGGUGACACAGAGUUAGACAUCGCUUCUCUGGAAGGCCACCUCCACAAACUCCACAACACACACACACAAAUGGACCGAGUGGGUCUGGGGGAAGAAUUCAGAAAAUUGACUAAUGUCCGCAUAAUGAAGGAGAACAUGAGAACCGGAAAUCUGCCCACCAACAUGAGAAAGAACAGAGUACUGCAGAUCAUCCCAUAUGACUUCAACAGGGUAAUAUUAUCAAUGAAAAGAGGGCAAGAAUUCACAGACUACAUUAAUGCAUCUUUCAUAGAUGAGAAGUGCAUGCGUUACUGGCCAGCAGAGGGCAGCGUUUCAUUUGGUGAUUAUGUACUGGAGACGAAGAGAGACACGCUUUGUGAGACUUUCAGCAUUCGAGACAUGCUGCUGUCAUAUGCAUCAGAAAAGCAGACUCGUCUAGUCAGACAGUUCCACUUCCAUGGUUGGCCAGAGAUUGGAAUCCCAUCAGACGGAAAGGGAAUGAUUGACAUUAUUGCUGCAGUGCAGAAACAACAGCAACAAUCUGGAAACAACCCUAUAGUGGUGCAUUGCAGUGCUGGUGCUGGUCGGACCGGAACCUUCAUUGCCCUCAGCAACAUCUUAGAGCGGGUCAAAGCCGAGGGGUUACUGGACGUAUUCCAGACAGUGAAGAGUUUACGCACUCGGAGACCACAUAUGGUCCAAACUGUGGAACAAUAUGACUUCUGCUACAGAGUUGUGCAAGAUUUUGUUGACAUCUACUCGGACUAUGCUAAUUUUAAAUGAGUGCAGCUUACCAACACACAUUUAUAUUAUAUUUAAACUGAAGAAUAUUACUGUGCUUUAGUGACACUCCAUGCACUUGACAUUUCCUAGUCUUGUUAUAUGCAGUAAGGUAAUAUUUUGGAUAUGACCAGACUCCAGUGGCUUAACCACUUCAAGUCUAUUGCAUUAAGUUUUUGUUACAUUUGUGUAAGUAUUCAGUAUGAAAUAAGUUUUUCUUUUUAAUAUGACCAUAAUAUUUAAUUUGUACAUUAACAAGUUUUGUUUACUACAAAAUUAUUUUUAUUUAUAAAUUGUGUUCACACAAGUGUAAAGCAUUCCAUUCUGACUAUUUGUUCCUUCUAUUUAUGCUCCAGCUUGCUUCCCAGAAAAAUUUUGCAUGGUUAUUUGUGUGUACUAAAAUCAAUUAAGAUACUUCCAAAUUUGAAUUUUAUGGCAAUUCUUGGCCAGACUCUAAUUUGCAUCAGCCCUGAUAAGUCACUUGUACCAUAUACAUGCUCUUCACCUUUCACAUCACCUUCAUAACCUGACUGAGAUGUCCAACCACUUAAUGAAACUUUAGCAGGCUUUAAAGUUUCUGUGAUGAUAAUGUUGUUUAUUCUUAUGACUUCAUAAGCCAAUCAAAUACCCAAGAGGCUAAAACUGUGACAGAGAUACAGAUAUGGAUUAAGCGUACAACAUUCAAAGGAAGUAGUAAAAUCCAUAAUGAUAUUUGGUUGAAGAAUUAAUACAUACCAUUUAGAGUUUAGUGAAACCUGUGAAAUAACAGAAAUAGCUUCCUUUCAUUAUUCCCUACAAACACGAUACCUUGUGUUUUUGUCUGCUUGUUUGAACAAGUUCAGAUAGAAAAAACUCAUCUGUGCUGUCACUGCAGUGUUACUACAACAGGGUGAGAAAUUCUGAAGAAAAUUAAAGAAAGACGUAUGUAUGCCUUAAUCCCGAAUAACAUUGGCAAUAAAUGUU